CAAUAUCUACUCAAAAUAGCAGACACCCGUGAAGCUUCUCGGAAAACACCCCGAAGUCCGUUAGCUCCUGUCCUGCCGUCCAAGCCCACGCGCUCCCACCGCCUGGCCCGCCUUGGCUAUUUCAUUAUUUAUUAUUUCAUUCCCUUUCUAGGAAAAGUAUGUGCCGGGCCGAGGGGCGGGAAAAAGAGGAGGCGGCCGCGCUCUUGAGGGGGCGGGGGAGAGCCGCCACCGCGGCCAACACAGGGCGGAGGACAGAGAAAGCCAAACAGCAUGGGCGCUGCCUGAGUCGGGGACCGAGUUACUCUGGAGCGCUGGCGGUCUCUCUCUCUCUCCUCUCGAACCUCGUAUGUGAGAACGGCCGCCGCCGCCGCCUCAGAGCGGACCAAAAGCCAUCAUGACGGGCAGGGAUACAGGUCCUGCGGCAUUGGGAGAAAGUUGACAGAGCAAGGGACUUCUUCCCGCCUGUUCUUUAAGAAGGGGCCAAACGGGCGCGCAAUCUUUCGCUCCUCCUUAACUGCCCCUCAGUAACAUGUCAGAUGCCAUUGCAAAUGCUGUGUGUGAACGCUGCCGAGCUCGUUUUGAUCCCACAGAGCGAAUUGUGAACAGCAACGGGGAGCUAUAUCAUGAGAACUGCUUUGUCUGUGCCCAGUGCUUCCGUCAGUUUCCAGAUGGACUCUUCUAUGAUUUUGAAGGGAGAAAGUAUUGUGAGCAUGACUUCCAGAUGCUGUUUGCACCCUGCUGUGGCGAUUGUGGUGAAUUCAUCAUUGGCCGUGUUAUCAAAGCAAUGAACAAUAGCUGGCACCCAGAAUGCUUUCGCUGUGAGCUCUGUGAUGUGGUUCUUGCUGAUUUGGGCUUUGUGAAGAAUGCUGGCAGGCACCUCUGUAGGCCUUGUCAUAAUCGUGAGAAAGCCAAGGGCCUGGGCAAGUAUAUUUGCCAGAAAUGCCACUUGAUAAUUGAUGAACAACCUCUGAUGUUCAGGAAUGACUCCUACCAUCCAGAUCACUUCAGCUGCACCCACUGUGGGAAGGAGCUGACUGCUGAUGCCAGGGAGCUGAAGGGAGAGCUCUACUGCCUGCCAUGCCAUGACAAGAUGGGCAUUCCAAUCUGUGGGGCCUGUCGUCGGCCCAUUGAGGGCCGAGUGGUCAAUGCUCUGGGGAAACAAUGGCAUGUAGAGCAUUUUGUUUGUGCCAAAUGUGAGAAGCCAUUCCUGGGACAUCGGCACUAUGAGAAAAAAGGUCUGGCUUACUGUGAAACUCAUUACAACCAGCUCUUUGGAGAUGUCUGCUAUAACUGCAGCCACGUGAUUGAGGGGGAUGUGGUAUCUGCUCUCAACAAGGCUUGGUGUGUGAACUGCUUCGCUUGUUCCACCUGCAACAUCAAGCUCACGUUGAAGAGUAAGUUCGUGGAAUUUGAUAUGAAGCCGGUGUGCAAGAAAUGCUAUGAGAAAUUCCCUUUGGAGCUGAAGAAACGCCUGAAGAAGCUGUCUGAGUUGGCCUCCAAGAAAACUCAUCCCAAAGCUCUGGAUUUAAACUCUUCUUAAACAGGUCUGUGCUUACUGCUGACUCUACUCAUCAUAACCCUCACCAACUAGUCUGCCUCACCCACUGAUCACAAAAGGAACUUUUAAAAAUAGCUGAAGAACAAGAGAAACAAAAGCUCACUAGUUAUAUCUUGCACUCUGAAUGUUUUUCUGCUCAGGUUAUAGUGUGUAGAGGUUGUCCUCGGGAAGAAAACUGUGGCAAUGCACAAUAAUGCACUAUUUCCCCUUGCUUUUUUCCACUAUUUGCUCAUGCUGUACUGAGAUUCAGGCACCUACUACAUGUUAAAUUGAAUUCUGUACUCUUUUUCCCUCUCAUUGUUUUUAAACCAAAAUUAGCCUAGGCAGACUGAAAGUGGGAACACAGGAAGGUUGAGUAGAAGUAGGCUUCUUAACCUUUCCCUUCCAAGAAGCAACACAAAAACACAGAACUUCAUGUAAUAUGUCUUUUAAACGUUCUCUUAAAAUUGCAGUGGACUAAUGAGAACCAAGUACUAAUUUUCCUUGCAGUUUUUAAUUACUUUGUUAUAAUUACUCAGCAUAUACCUACAUUGGUUUUAUUAACUAGCUGCCCUUUCCUGCCCUAGGAGCUACGCUGGAUGAGCUAGGAAUAGUAUAAAAUAGGAUCUGGAUGGACCAAAGUGGCUGAAUUGUAAGCCUAUAAUUUCUGAAAGAGAUUAUUCUUGGUCCCUGUAUUUAUAGUAGCUGUGGGAUUUCUAAGUAUUUAGACCUUCUGCUUCUCCAUUCUUAAUGCUGGCAUAUUGUGGAGAAAGUAUUAGGAAAUUCUUGGAGUCUUACCCUACGUAUAAUCCACCUACAACUCAUGUUCAUUUUAGUGUUACAUAAAACAAUCCUGUAAAUGGCCUCUCUAAAAGUGGAACUAAAUAUUACCUCAGCAAACACAUGCUCCCAAACGUCGUUUACCUUAGCAAAAUACAUUCGCUCACACACACCUGAAAACACCUUUGUGUGCUUAACACUUCUCCCUCUUGCCAUUUUUCCACCACUACCCUUCUGCACCUCACUCCCAGACAGUUUCCCUCAGAUAGGCUUAUUUCCAGUGUCGGAGCUCAGAGUAUGUGUCAGAGGGAUGGCAUGUAGGAAGGGAGAAGUGGCAGAUAGUGAAUGUAUUAAGCACUCUCCCCACCUGCCAGUUCUACAUGAUGUUUCCCGCCCUUUCUUUAGCAAUACCAGACCACAUGGGCUGGAGAAACCUGUGUUUGCUUCAUAAUGUGUCAUUCCAGACGAAGUAAGUAGUGUUCUCAUGAAAUUCCACCAUAGUAUUUGCUUUCCUGUAAUAGGAAGGUAAAGGAAGAGUAGUAUAGAACAAGAUGCCACUUUGUGACUGUUUAAUACAGGGCAGGAAAGCAUAAAUGUCUUAAUUUACAUCUUUAUUACAAUAAUUGAGUUUUGUUCAUACACUGAUGUAAGAGGAUCGACUUUUUGCACCUCUUUUCCAAAACUAAUCCUGAAAUAGCAUUAUUUAGCUGCUUAUUGUUAUCAUCAUGUAGUUUAUAUUAUUAUAUCUAAUAAAUAGCACAAGAGGAUUGUUCUUCUCUUCAUCUGGGACUAACCUUCAGUCAUAAGUACAAAGAGCAACCACAAAUACGUGGACCAUAUUUUUCUUAGGUCUAAGAUAAGUGAUCCUUAAUUUAGACUCUCACUGACUUCAGCCGCUGUCAUCCAGAAUCCUCUGUGUGUUCCAGUUAAGAUCUUGUGUAUGUGUGCUGCCAUAUUCAUUUAAAUGGAGUAAACAGAGCCUGAUGUGUAUAUGUUCUGCUCCCUACAUUGAAAAGAAUGAAAUAGCACAUGUGCAUGGAGAAGCUGUAUGUCGAGCAUUGUAGCUUCCACUCUUAUUAAGUCAGUGAUGGAUCUGGUAGACUGUGCUGCUGUAGGAACAAAGCAUAGGCACUACUGUCUAGAAGCCAAAAUACAAUUCAUGCUGUAUUUUCCUAUGCAAUAUACCUACAGAACACAACUCUUAUGCCACAGUGCAAUUCUGGUCAUGCACUAACAUGGUAUAUAUGUGACAAGAACAUUUUUGUGACCCUUGAAAAAUGACCCCAUCUUGUGAGAUAGCAUGGAUAUAGGGCACCUGUGAACCAUGGGACUUUGUGGCAUGACACUUUUGUUUGAUGGGCGGAUUUUAUGUAAUCUUGUUCUUUAAUCCAAUGAUGGGAUUCAUCUAGGAGGGAUUUAAAAAUGACCCCAGCUUUGGGUCAAAAGGGCAUAGGUUUUGGGAUAGGGGUGCAAACAAGAAUGAGCUCCUGCAAUGAAACACUAUGAAAGAGAAAGGGUUGGCUGGAUGUCUAUUGGAAUGUGCAAAUCAAAUAUGAAUUCCUGUGUUAACUAAAGCUCAGUUGGAUCUUCAGAGAGCAAUUCAGUUUCAUUUGCUCUCACUGAUGCCACUGCAGAUCCAAAUCUGAUUGACUCCACCAUGAUCCAGCAGCAGAUAAGCGGAAUCAUAGCUGCGAACAAGUAUAGAAAAUAGCAUGUAAAAGUAAAAAGUAUGUUUGGAGUUGUUUUGCACCUGUUGAAAGCAUACUUUUCACCAUGAAAAUGUGUGAGUGUUACAGCUUGGUACAACUUUACUGACCAGUCUAUGACAAGUGCCGUUUGCUCCAUUCAAAGCAAUCUGAAAGUGUCAAGAUUAUAGGAAAAUAGCAAGUUAAAUAAUUAUUACAUUAAUUAUCCUUCCACUAAGUGCACUAAAUGUAGAUUUACCAGCUAUAAUAUAUUGUUAUAACUAUAUAGUAUUGUAGUAACAUAUUUUAUAUCACGUGGGUUCCUGUAUUGCUUUAAAAAUUAGCAGAUACUUUUAGAAGGUGUAGUAUAAACUCUAAAUGAAAGGUUAUUAACAUUCACAACAUAAUUGUAGUCUCCAUUCUCCAAUGGCUGCACUAUGCCUUUGCUUGUUGUGUCAUCCAAAUCUGGGCUUGUGGUUUGUUUUCCCAAAUAACCCACAAGUGGUAAGUCAAGAACAAACCUUGGCUACCUCUUGUGGUUUGCUUGGAGAUAAGCAAACCAUGAGACUGGGUUCGGAUGACACAAUAAGCCAAGGUUGUGGUUUGCUGCUCCCUGCAAGGUAUGGCAAGGAGCAGAGGAGGAGCAUAAUGGGGAUGUUUGAGCAGCAUUCUGGGGGGGGAAAACUAGCUGUUAGCAUCUAAACCACUUUAAUGUGUAAAGUUGACAUAUUUUGUAUAAGGUCACAAUAAUUUCUCAAUGCAUUGCGUUAAAAUGUUUUACAAAAUCUACAUAGUUUUCUGCCAAUACUUUGCUUCAGAAUCUUGUAAUUCCUCUAGCAAAAGGGUACAUCCUGCUAGAUUAAAAUAUUGUAUAUCUUCAUUUUACUUUAUAUUCUUGAAAUGACUGCUAUAUAUCUUUUAAAUCUCACAGUAAAGGUUAUUUUCCGAA